UUAUCUGGUAUAAAUUAUUUUGCGUAGCGAGUGAUCAAUACCUGUAUACAGACUGAUUUUUACCGAUAUUGGAACACACAGUCAUUGAAUGCGAAUGAUUAGAGUAGAUUUAGUUAAUAGGUUUAAACACAUGUGUAUGCUUGUAACCACUAAAUUUAGCUUUACGAUCGUGUAUUUAAGUGUAAUAAUCCGUACGUAAAUAUUACGCAUACAUGGAAUACGAAAAAAAUAUUGUCGCACGAAUGAGAUCAACCAGAGGAGGUUAGCAGGUCUGGAUACCGGAUUAACUAUCAAAGAGUCGCUGGACUUUGGAGAAAACCUAUGCAUGCCUGAUGAUGCUAUAUAAUUCUAUAUUUAAAAGCGCCCAAUAUUUAUUAAAUUCUAUAUUAGCAUAGGAAACAUUUCAAAGCAAUAAACACCACAACAUAAUUCUCUUUGCAAGUAGUUUUUAUUCAUUACAAGGAUAAUAACAAUUUGAAUUUAAUCAAGUUCACGGUACGCGUGCCUCGUCGGUCCAUCUCUAGUUGCUAAACACGCAUACAAAUAAUCAUGAACCUGAACAAACUGAUAUUUGGGGUGUACAAGUGCAAUGCCGGUCAUGAGCAUAGGACAGAAGUGGACAUGAGGGACUGCAAUAAUGUGACAAGUGCAAAACACGCAAACGAGGCUGUCGAUGCUUCUAUGCAGUACGAUUUAGAGCGCGAGAGACUCCGCGUGGAGGAGCUAAAAAUAGCGCAGCAAUAUGAGGCGGAAAAACUUCGUCUGCAGGCCGAGACAGACGCGAGAAACUACGAACUGAAGAAACUGAAGUUAGAGUUGGAGCUUGAGAAAACCAGGUCUGAAAAUCGAAGAAAUGAGCAGAAGUCUAGCGUCUGUAGCUCCAUGUAGGACCAUACCAUCGCGACAUCGCACAGUUUGAUCAGCAACAUGUUUAAACAGGAUUUUAUACUUCUAUUCGAUAUAUUUAUGUGUUCGUAUGUGUUGCAGCAUUUACGCUUGUCCGUGAGUGUACUGAAGACAUUCUUUUAUUUAGUACUAUUUAUUUAUUUAUUAAGUGUGUGUUUAUUAUUCUUCUGUAUCAUACAUCAAUACAUAGCCUGAUUACAUACAAGUUCCUUAGAUUUGUUGUAAAUCUUCACAAAUAUCUGCCAUCUUUCUAUUUUUUAAGUCAAACCCUUUUUAGCUUGUUUACUCGAGUGUAUAAUAUGCCAAAAUAAGGGGUAAUUUUAAACUUUCGCAUAUACCUGUACCCUAUAUAGGCUUGUACAAGUUAUUCGGUGAGCUAGUUUGUCAAAGAUUGGUUUUAGAGAUUUAAUUCAAACCUUUAUUCGCGAUUUUAAAUAGACGAUAUUUUUUGGAUUUGGUGGAAUAUCGAAUUGAAUUCAAUAGUUAUCAUAGAACAUGAUAUUUGUACGAGUGGCGCAUUUUUUUCUAUGAUCAAUCUUGAAUUAAAAUCGAUACUUUAUCAAAUCCAACAAAUUUCGUUUUUGUUGUCUGCUUACAAAUGAUUAUUUCUGUAUUGUUGCCAUUCCGGACAAUAUAAUUCUUCUUUGGUGCCCCGCAAUGUUAUUGCAUGUAUGUUAAAGGGAAGCUUAUCCGUAUGUUUUAAUAAACAUUGAAUGCAGCAUAAUCGCCCUUGAUAACAUUUGGGGGUCACAAUGGGAAAACCAAACAUAUCUUCAAAAAUUCUUACGGUUAAUUAACCGUUUGAAACAGUGAAAUAUCAGUUUAUAUUCACUGAUAUUUCUCUAUAAACUAUCGGAAAGCAUAAAAUUAUUACUGGUAAUCCUCUAGACCAAAGUUUGUAAAUCCCAAUUAAAAUUUGUACAAUUUGAACACAUUUUAAUACUUAGAAAUUUGUUUUGUAUUAGCUACUUUGCCGCGAAUUGUUUGUGCGGGUAGAGGUUCACUUUAUGUAUAUUUACAUGACGGGUGUGAGCAAGGUCAAAGUCACGAAUACUAAAUAUAGAAAAAUGGUUUCGUUAAUAUUUCUAGAUCGAAUUGAAGUAUUGUAUUUUUGUGCGUAUAUGGUUCGAAUUGGGUCAAUGUCAUAGUAACUCAAAAUCAAGGUUAAUGUAUAUGUUAUAUUUAUUUAAAAAAUAUAGAAAAAUACUCAAUUACUUGAUCGCAACAAUAACAUACCAACUACAAAACAAAACGUUUCGUUUAGAAAGUAAAGGCCAGAUAGUAGACACUCUGAUAAGAACAGGAUAAGUCCAGCGAA